AUGGCAUGGUGUGAUGCUUCUUUUAGCGUGAUUUACGGAAAUGAGGAGCUUGUCGUUGUGAACAAACCGCACGAUGUCCCCAUGGACGGGGAGGCGUGUCCCGUGACGGUGGAGAAAUGGGCAUGGGCGUACCUCGCAAAGGGUGGUUGUGCCGACAACAACGCCGGUGGUGGCGUAGAAAAGGAGGACGAUACGACGCGGACUGCAGGCAGGCGCAGGGGAGAAAAGAAAAUGGUGAAGUUUGUGCAUCAGUUGGAUUAUGCAACAAGCGGUGUGUUGUGUGUCGCCUUUUCGAGGGAAAUGGCAGCGCGACUUGCACAUUGCUUUGAGAUGCGCACGACACGGAAGGCCUAUUUGGCAGUUCUUUUUGGGAUGAUGCCAACAACUUCUGCCAUGCAAAAAAAACUGGACACUGACACCGGUGUGGAUUUUCUUCGUGGGUCCCCUUACGCCAGUCAUGUUCGUAGGGUUUCAAUGGAUGACGUGCCAGGCGUUUGUUUUAUUCGCAAGUGUGUGAUUGAGGCUAGCGGACAUGAAGAGGGAGAGAAUGCCGAUUGCUGCGCCACUCUUCUUGAGGUGAACCUCCCUGUGGGGUACGACACGACCGACCAUGAGGGCUUUCGGAUGACCGUAAACGGAAGGGAUGCGCGGGGGAGCGUGACCUACUUGAGUGUGCUGCAGCGUGGGUACAUGACACAUCCUACAUCGGGUUGCCCCGUGCCAGUGACAAAAGUUGCGUUAUUUCCGCGAACGGGUCGACGGCACCAACUUCGAGUGCAUUGCCAUGCAAUCGGCUUCCCCAUUCUUGGUGAUGUCACCUACGCGAGAAUUCCAACGCCGCGGGUCGCUCCAAAAGUAACAGGGGCUGAGGAGGUGGCAACUGUUGGUGCAACGGAGUCGAUCAACGCACCUAACGAAAUAGGCGCGAUAGAGGCGUGGCAACGGAUGAUGCUUCACGCAUGGCGUCUCUCGUUUCCCGUAAGUGUGGAGCCACUGCGGUCUGGGAGUGAACGCUACAUGCAGAAGAAGAAGCGGCGACGCGAGACAUUGGGUUUGGCGGUCGCCGGUGGAGAUGACACCACUGUCUGGACGCACUUUGAGACGGAGGAUCCUUUUCAGUUGGUUCGCCCUGAGUGA